AGUCCAGCGUGCUCUCCAAAGUCCCCGCGAUGGCUGCCCAGGGCUGCGCACUGUCCUGGAUGUCGCUCAGGCUCCCUGCGCUGCUGCUGCUGCUUCUGCUGCUGCUGGCGCCCGGCUCUGCGGGAUCCUCAGGCGCGCGGUGGAGCGGGGAGGGUACCACCCCGCACCUGCAAAGCAUCUUCCUGGGCCGCUGCACCGAGUACCUCGCGCUGCCGAACCCCCAGCUGCGGGACAAGAACUGCACAGACAUCUGGGAGGCCUUUCAAGCGGUGCUGGCUAAGGACCCCUGCUCCGUGCUGCCCUCCGACUACGACCUUUUCAUAAACCUCUCCAGGCACUCCAUUCCCAGAGACAAGUCCCUGUUCUGGGAAAAUAACCAGUUCCUUGUAGACAGCUACUCAGAGAAUACCGGUCGCUUCAUACCUUUGGGCGAUGUUCUGUACGGCAGGACUGGGGAUCUUCUGAGCUGGUGUCGGCAGGAAAAUGCCUCUGGACUCGAUUACCAAUCAUGCCCUGCAUCAGAGGAUUGUGAAGACAAUGCUGUGGAUUCUUUCUGGAAAAGGGCAUCCAUGCAGUAUGCACAGGACAGUUCUGGGGUGAUCCACGUCAUGCUGAAUGGUUCAGAGCCAACAGGAGCCUAUCCCGUAAAAGGGUUUUUUGCAGAUUUUGAAAUUCCCUACCUCCAGAAGGAUAAAAUCACACGAAUUGAGAUCUGGAUUAUGCAUGAAAUCGGGGGACCCAACCUGGAAUCCUGUGGAGAAGGCAGUGUGAAAAUCCUGGAAGACAGACUGAAGGGGAUGGGUUUUCAGUACAGCUGUACUAAUGAUCACCUGCCGGUGAAGCUCUUAAUGUGUGUGAACCACAGCACGCAUCCUGACUGUGCCUUAACUUCCUCAGUGCCUGAUUAUGCUUUGAUUGCUGAAACAUCCACUUCUACAAUGGCUAUUUCCAGUGGACAAGCCACCAGCCACAAGACUGAAGAGCCAGCGCCCAGCCCCCUUUGAGUUCACUGAGUUUUAGAGAUCUUGGUUGAUUCAAUAACUGCUCAUUCAGGCCACUGUUUUUUCUACUUGCUCUCGCUUUAAAUCCCCUCUCUUAAGUUUUAAAUUCACCAGUAAAGACUGAGUCCCCAAAACCCUAGGCCUUCACCCAUGACCGGAGUAAAAGCAGAACCCCAGACCUGUGUGUGUUCUCGCUCUACCCACAACUUCACUGUGUGUCCCAGGUACGCUGGGUAAUUUCCAGGUCCUAUAAGUAAUAAACUUUCCCCCCUCAAA